AUGGAUAGUUAUGAAGAAACUACAGAGGAGCACUAUAGAAAUGCAAGCAGUUUUAUUUUUGCAUUUUACGUUUUCGCGCUAUGUAUGAUCAUGAUGUAUUUUAUUCUUGGAAUAUGGAUCAAAAUGCAGAUGUCAGAAAUGACCUUUUGGGAAGCAUUUAAGAGCAUUAUAAUUUGGCAGCCAUAUUCAAGGGUAAGAAAGGUUAUAAAUUUAAUCAAAAAUUUUUUAAAUUCACAGAAAAAUUAUGAUCAGGUGUAA